AUGGCGAAAGUACCCGGUUAUAAAAUCAUUCAUCUUGAAGGUAUAGGUGAAACAUGGAACGUCGACCAAUUAGAAAAAUUUACCAUAAUCAUGAAUAAGUGCCAAACUGUUCAUAAUAUACUAGGAUUUGUAAUUGAUCUCAAUGCAACAGAUUUUCAAAGUAACUCACUUCCCUAUCUCAAGGUCGCCGUACAUGAUAUGAAAAUCAAUUUACAAAAAAAGAAGAAGCACAAUCAAUUUGUCGGAUUUUACAUCGGAGACGAUGAUUUCAAUUAUGUUCUAACCAAAAGUGAGAUGCUGCUAUAUCUUCAAUGCAGCAAUCACAUGCCCCCGGACUUAUUUAUGACCAGAACGACAAUUAAGUCAGUCCAACAAAUAAAUGAAGAAUGUAAGAACUUUCCUACUGAACUACAAAAGUUGGAAAUAAAUACAUCAGUACUACCAUAUUCACCACGACCCGGUCGAUGCGACUGUAUAAUGACGUCUCUUUACUGCUAUUCUAACCCAGAAUCCAACAUUAAUUGGCAUACAAACAUGACAAUCCGCGAUAAAGUUUGCCAGGAGAUCGACUGCAGUUCGAUCGAGAAUCACGCUGAUACAGGACACUAUGGAAUAUUUGGAGGAUGCACAGAGGCCCAAAAGAACUCUAUUAUCCUCAAUCUUUAUUACACGUACCAUAAAAUGGAUCCCAAAUACUGCGAUCAUAAUGGUCUAGCACAAAUCCGAGAUUCGGAGCCACCUGCAUCAGACUUCAGAGACAUAAUAGACGUUGCGGGAAUAAAAUGUGGGGAGGAAAUACCAGAUGACUGGAGUAAUUAUGUCGUUGGAGUUAAGAAGCCGCAAGUGAAGCAUAACGUGUCAGAUUCCAUUGACAACGUGUAUGAACAGGAAGCAAUUGCUUUCACAAAUGGGGUAGCACGAUGUAAAAACAGCAUCAACAAACUCUUGGCUACCAGUAUAUUUAUUAUGUCAGCUCUGUAUAUGUUCUGUGCAGGUGGAAUGCGGCAGAUCUUUAUAACAGUUUAUAUCUAA